ACUACAGUAAAAAAUGAGCGGGAAAUCUGACCAAUCACAGAAAGGCAUUGAUGUCCCGAUGGGAGAAAGAAGAAAACCAAGACAAGACACAGAUGCAAGAACCUGACAGGUGCAUAGGUGUGUACCAAUAUUCCUGUUUUUUCUUAACAUAUUUGAUAUUUUUUGGUUUUCUAAGUUCAUUUUAAAAAAGGGGGAGUCACUUUACCUCGCGCUAUUACCUCACGCUUAUGGUGUAACGUUACAUAGGCGCGCAUAUACGUAACUUUGAGAGCUUUGUGAUGGAACCCCGUUUGUGGACUGUAGCAAACUCAGCUGUCUGUGCAAAAAUAGUUGUUUAUUUUCUUAGACCAUUUGACCCUAUCUGAAUGAACAGAAACAGGUCUCUGUCUUGGGUUUGACUGCGUUGGGAGCAGGUGAGUGUUCCUAUGAACUUUUAGACAACAAAACGAGCUAUUGUGGGUUUAGUUUUGAGUCAGUAGUUUCGUUGUGAUUUGUAUUCUCUAUCGCUUGAUGUUAACUUGUUACCUAUGGGGUGUGGUUUAUGCAUCUGCAUUGUAAACUAGACGUGACGAUCACUAAACAUGACGGUCACAGAAUUUGUUGUAACACCAGAUUUUUAUCUUUAUGUACACAAUAAUAGUCUUUUACGUUGUAAUCCAUUGAUUUUUUAUAUUUGGCAUGUUUGUGUGCUGCUGCGCUUCCCUCUGUGUAAUAAGUAAAGUGAAAGCGCAUUGUGGACCCGCCCAGAGGCGCAUUUUCUACUAACGUGCUCUUUAAAUAACAAAAAAUACAUAUUGCGCCGUUGACUUAAAACCAGGGGCAAUGAGAACGGCGUCGGGCUGAAACUGCAAAAACACUUGCGCUGCUUAAAUGUAUUGUUAUAUGUAGGAAUGAAGUCAAUGAACAUUUACCAAAAUUGAUUAAUGCUGUAAAGGAGGUGUUUUUCUUUUUAAGUUUAUGUAAUUAAUGCAAAAGGUAACAGAUACAAUCUUAAAAAAGAAAGUGCUAUUUUUGCAAUUUGUCAUUGGUUUGAUUUAUUUAAAUCAUAACAUUAAGAAAAAAACAGCAACAGUUUCAUAUUACAUUUCAUAUACAUCUGUUAUGAUAACAUAAAUGAACAAAAUCACAAAAUUCACAAACCUAAAUCAUCCUUAAACUGCAAAGCAUAUUUCCGGUGUCUAUGUACAACAAAUCAUUGUAUGCUGUGCAGCCCCUGUAAACUCAUGGGACUGCUUGCCACAUCCUGUGCUGUGGACCGUUUUGUCUACUUUCUUUUCUUUGAAACAUGAAAGACCUUGCAAGAAUCAGGUCAUGUAAAGUAUGUAAGGUAGAUUAAAGCAGGCAUCUAUUGUUUCAAGUGUUAAAAGGCUAUGCUAAGUGGAAUACACUGUAGGGCCAUUAGUUCUCUCUAUUCUUCUCUAUUCAAAUAUGUCUCAUGCUGUCAGUGAUGACAUGUUCCUGACAUAUUUCACUGAUCACAGUACAACACUGUAACAGCUUUCAUUGACCACCUCAAACAAACUCAAAACAUUAAAAUGUCUUCUACUGGAUAAAAAGGACUUUAAUCUUAAUCUUUAACUUUGACUUCACCUUUUUUCUUUAUAGCCUCAAUAAAAACUGACCUGCAUAUAUAACAGCUAUAGUUAAUACAGUGAUAAGGCAUCACAAAUGGCAAUAGAUCACACAUAAAGUAAGUGUUAUCAUACAGUAUAUAGCUAUGAGACACAACAGGUAUCGCGCAGGUGCAGCCCAGCAAAACAGGUACUUUGACCUUUUUAUGAAAACUGAGGACUAAGAUGGACUUGCAUCAAUAGUAUCUAUGGGCAAUAAAUUCACAGUUAGAAAUGAUGUCUCCUCCUGUCUCGUCAUGUAAUGCCUAUUGUGGUUAUGCCCACCGAAAAGUAUUGACUUUAACUGCAGAUUCCAGCAAAGAACAACUGACCUUUACUGAGUUACGGAAACUUUAUUGUCACAGCUUGUUUGCUUCACCACAAGACUAUACAAUGGAGUUCAUAAAAGUAAUGCUAGGCAAGUGCGAAAAACUCACACUUGUAAUGGAUUCUUCUGGAGAUUUGACUGAUUCUGAUAUCACAAAACUUCAAACUGGAGAUCUUUGUCUGAGGAAAGUGGUGGGAAGAGAAAAAGUCUACCACGCUGGAGUUUACUGUGGUCGAAAUGAAGUCAUUGAAUAUACAGGUUCUACCCCAACCAACCCCUCAGCAAUGCAAAGCUCAAGUUCAGUUGCGUUCAGUAACCAAAGUUCAGUAAAUGGAAGGGUUUCCAAAAUAAGUGUGAAAAUUUUCAUCUCAGGCCAGAAGUUGUGGGUUUACCGUUUGAAGGCUGGUAUACCUAAAAACCUCCUUGACAAAAUUAUGAAGGCGAUGGAUUAUAAUGAGCCAUACAAUGUACAAUGUAAUAACUGUUUUCAUUUUGCAAUGAGACUGCUGGAGAUCUCACCCGGGCCUGAAGCAAUAGGGUACGCAACAAUACCGCUUAACAACACUAAAUGUAAAAUGACCACAGGGUGGGUUGCACCAACAAGGAUUAAAGUAAACAGAGUUUAGAGCUAAUCUAGGGUUUGUUGAUCCUAGUUUUAAUGUAAUUCAAAUUGCGUUGAACCACCUAAUUUUAAACAGAGAUUAACAAAUCGUGGAUUAAAACUUUAACCUGUAUUUAAACCGUCAUAUGCGAUUCAUUUUGUCCGCCAUGAUGGA